AUGCCUCCCGCGGUAAAGGAGGAGGGCAAAGCUGCCAAGCUUGCCCUCAUGAAGCAGAUGCUCUACGACAAAGUCCGCGAGACCGGGCGCGAGGACGACCUCUUCACACAGGAAGACCUGCUCGCCCUCGAUGUGAUUCCCAAUCGCGACAUGGUCUUGCUGGCCGAGACGGUGCAGGCUCUCAGCGAUGACAAACUCUUCGUGACGAUGCGCGAAGCGGGAGGGUCCUUCUCGUGGAAAUGGCGCGACGCGCAGGAGGCGCACAAAUACAAGCAGUGCACGACGGAAGAGCAGAGCAUGGUCUACUCGUUGAUUGAUGACUCGGGCGGCGAUGGCCUCUGGUCGCAGACCCUCCAGCGACGACUGAACAUGCACGACACCGUCCUCAAGAACGCCCUGAAACAGCUGCAGACCAAGGGGCUCAUCGUCCCGUUCAAGAACGUUGAGCAUCCGAACAAGAAGAUGUUCAUCAAGGCAUCCAUUCAACCGAGCGAUCGAGCAACCGGCGGACCUUGGUAUACCGACCAGAACCUGGACGAGGCGUUCAUCGAGGAGUUGCAAAGAGUCGUCUUUGACUUCAUUAAGCGUCAGAGCAGCUACAUCAGCCGGCACGGCCACGAUUCAAGAACGCAAAAGAUGCCGAAAAAGGGUGUGAUCAAGGGAGAAGACCGGGGCAAGAAACGGGCGGCGAGCGAAAUGGAGGAGCCGGCUCCCAAGGCGGCCAAGACCACGGCCAUAUCAACGCCGAGGAAAGACGUGCUCUUGCCGUUGCCUGCUGGUUUCACGGGCUAUCCCACCGUCAAGGAUAUUGCGCGACUUCUGUCCUCCAGUGGUAUUACGAAUAACACCAUCUUGACCGAGAUGGACGUGAAGAAGCUCGUCGACGUGUUGGUGUGGGACAACCUGAUCGAGCCGAUACGAGUCGGGGGCAAGACUGGCUACAGAGUGUCGAGAGUCGCCAAGCAGUCUACGCAAGGGUGGGCAGGGCGCGAGGACGGAGUGGACGGCAACCCAGAGCCGUACAUCAGCCCGUACACAGAAGCUCCGUGUGGACGAUGUCCUGUCUUUGAGCUGUGCGAGGAUGGAGGGCCCGUCGGCCCGAGCAACUGCGAAUACUACGCGAAAUGGCUUGGGGAAGAAGAAGAAGCGCGGCAAUGA